AUGUGCGGCAUCUUUGGUUACCUCAACUACCUCGUCGAAAGAGAUAGACGCUUCAUUUUGGACACACUUACCAACGGCUUGUCCCGCUUGGAAUACCGAGGCUACGACUCUGCAGGUCUCGCUGCUGAUGGUGAUGCUGAGGGAGAAACAUACAUUUUCAAGCAAGUUGGCAAGGUGGCUGCCCUUAAGAAGCUUGUUGAUGAGCAACAAAUUGAUUUCGAAAAGACAUUCAUCAGCCACUGUGGCAUGGCACAUACCCGAUGGGCUACUCAUGGUCAGCCCUCUCAACUGAAUAGCCAUCCUCACCGCUCCGAUCCCACCAACGAAUUUACCAUUGUACAUAACGGCAUUAUCACCAACUACAAAGAAAUCAAGACCCUCUUGGAAAAGAAGGGCAUCACCUUUGAAACUGACACUGACACUGAAAUCGUGGCCAAGCUCACAAAGUACAUCUACGACUCCCAAAAGGAUUCCACCACCACCCUCACCUCCCUUGCUAAGCAAGUAUGCAAGGAACUCGAAGGUUCCUUUGCUUUCAUCUUCAAGAGCUCUCACUUCCCCAAUGAGAUCGUUGCCACGCGUCGUGGUUCUCCUCUUUUGAUUGGUGUCAAGACCGAAAAGAAGCUCAAGGUUGACUUUGUGGAUGUUGAAUUCGGCAAUGCCGCUGAUUCUGUCACCCCUGCAUCUGGUGCUGGUUUCUUAUCUGCUGAAGAUGGCCAUCCUCAAUUGCACCGUAGCCAAUCUCGUGCCUUUUUGAGCGAAGAUGGUAUGCCACAACCUAUUGAAUUCUUCCUUGCUUCCGAUGCUGCUGCUAUUGUCGAACACACCAAGCGUGUCUUGUACUUGGAGGAUGAUGAUAUUGCUCACAUUGCCAACGGCGAACUUCACAUCCAUCGUCUUCGUCGCGACGAGAACAGCUCUGCCACUCGUUCCAUUCAAACCCUCGAGAUUGAACUUGCCGAGAUCAUGAAGGGUUCCUUUGAUCACUUUAUGCAAAAGGAGAUUUACGAGCAACCUGAAUCCGUUGUCAACACCAUGCGUGGUCGUGUCAACUUUGAACAACACAAGGUCACUCUUGGUGGUCUCCGUGGAUACUUGCCCAUCAUGCGUCGUGCUCGUCGUAUUGUAUUCAUUGCAUGUGGUACCUCCUACCACAGCUGUAUGGCUACUCGUGCUAUCUUUGAAGAAUUGACCGAGAUCCCUGCUCAAAUUGAUCUUGCCUCAGACUUUUUGGAUCGCAAGUCCCCCAUCUUCCGUGACGAUGUGUGUGUCUUUGUAUCCCAAUCCGGUGAGACUGCUGAUACCAUCCUUGCUAUGCGUUACUGCUUGGAGCGUGGUGCUCUUUGCGUUGGUAUCACCAACACUGUUGGUAGCUCCAUCUCACGUGAAACCCACUGUGGUGUCCACAUCAACGCUGGUCCUGAGAUUGGUGUUGCUAGCACCAAGGCUUACACUUCCCAAUACAUUGCUCUUGUCAUGAUGGCUUUACAACUCUCCGAAGACCGCUUAUCAAUGACUGAACGCCGUAACAGCAUCAUUGAUGGUUUGUAUCGCUUGCCUGGUCAAAUCAAGGAGGUGCUUGCUGAGGAUGCCAACCUUCAAGAACUCGCUGCCGACACCUUGUCCAAGGAACGUAGUCUGUUGUUGAUGGGCCGUGGUUAUCAAAACGCUACUUGCUUGGAAGGUGCCCUCAAGAUUAAGGAAAUCUCCUACAUGCAUAGUGAAGGUAUCUUGGCUGGUGAACUCAAGCACGGUCCUUUGGCCCUUGUCGAUGAAAACAUGCCCGUCAUCUUGAUCAUGACCCAAGAUUCUUUGUACCCCAAGGUGCAAAGUGCCCUCCAACAGGUCUCCGCUCGUAAGGGCAAGCCUAUUAUCAUUUGCAACGACAAUGAACAAGACCUCCAGAAGUCUUACAAGACCAUUCGAGUCCCUCUCAAUAUUGACUGCCUUCAAGGAUUAGUGAACAUUAUCCCCUUGCAACUCCUUUCAUACCACCUUGCUGUCAUCCAGGGCGUCGAUGUCGACUUUCCUAGAAACUUGGCCAAGUCUGUCACCGUCGAGUAA